AAGCAACCCCGGGUUCGCUCAGUCCAAGUUUCUUCCGAAGUGGCGUCCCUGGGGAGUCGCGGGGUCCUAGCUGAAGCUCCCCGACAUGAAGGAGAUACCUGCCGUGGGGCUGGGCACCUGGAAGGCGACCCCAGGGGAAGUGACCCAGGCCGUCAAGGUGGCUAUCGACACGGGCUAUCGGCACUUCGACUGCGCCUUCUACUACCACAAUGAGAGCGAGGUGGGCACUGGCCUUCAGAGCAAGCUCAGGGAAGGCAGCGUGAAGCGUGAGGACCUGUUUGUGGUCAGCAAGCUCUGGUGCACCAGCCACAAGAAGUCCUUGGUGAAGUCAGCCUGCAUCAGAAGUCUCAGGGCCCUGAAGCUGGACUACCUGGACCUCUAUCUAAUGCACUGGCCCAUGGGCUUCAAGCAAAAGCACCCGCCCUCCCCCGGUAAGCUCCUUUUCUGCUGCCUCUCACAGUCCGAGGACUGGGACCUGCCCCUGGACCGCAACGGCAUGGUGAUCCCCAGCGACACAGACUACCUGGACACAUGGGAGGCUAUGGAGAGCCUGGUGCUGGAGGGGCUCGUGAGGGCUAUCGGGGUGUCCAACUUCAACCAGGAGCAGCUCGAGAGGCUUUUGGAUAAGCCCAACCUGAAAAUCAUGCCCCAGACCAACCAGAUCGAAUGCCACCCGUACCUGACGCAGGAGCCGCUGAUCAAGUUCUGCCAGUCCCGGGGUGUGGUGGUGACCGCUUACCGGCCCCUGGGCGGCUACAGUGAUGGGAUGGACAUGAGGGAGGACCCAGUGAUCCAGGACAUCGCGGAAAAGUACAAAAAGUCUGCAGCACAGAUUAUGAUCCGCUUCCAGAUCCAGAGGGGUGUGGUGGUCAUCCCCAAGUCUGUCACCCCCAAGCGGAUUGUGGAGAACUUCCAGGUGUUCGACUUUGAGCUGUCCGAGGAGGACAUGACGGCCCUCCUGCUCCUGAACCAGAAUCUCCGCCUGGCCACCUUCCCCGCGGCUGCGAACCACAAGGACUAUCCCUUCGGCAAGCUUCCAGAUGUCUAAACCUAGUGCUACUGGGCAAAUGCCUUGGCUUCCAGGCCCCGGCCUGAACCCGCGGUGCCAGCAGGCCAGGAGGGAGGGCCCAGGCCCCUGCGAGGCAGGAGGGCAAACCUGCUCAUGGCUCUCAACUCGUGCCCAGAACAGAGAACGUGUCCCCUCAGCAGAGCCUUGCCCUCCACAUUAAAAGCUGUUCCGUGGCCA